UGUUGCUUGACCCUCAAUCAAAGACCCAUCUUUUCCGUUUUGCUUAGGCAACUUCACCACUGAAGCCCUAAUCACCAUAUCCACAACCCCUUUUGGUUCCUUACUCUCCACCAUUAACAUGGGUCGCGAAACUGUUUUUCUUCCAGCCCCACCAACCCCAUCCACCACUGCCAUCACCACAGUGAACCCACCACUACCAGCACCAGUGGCAGCAUCAUCACCAUCAGCAUCAGCAUCAGCAGCACCUACCUCACUUGCUCCUGGGUUCAGGUUUCACCCAACUGACGAGGAGCUUGUUAUUUAUUACCUAAAGCGCAAGGUUUGUGGGAAAAACUUCCGAUUUGAUGCCAUAUCUGAGGUUGAUAUAUACAGGAGCGAGCCCUGGGAACUAUCAGAUAAAUCAAGGUUGAAGACCAGGGACCAAGAAUGGUAUUUUUUCAGUGCAUUGGACAAGAAAUAUGGGAAUGGUGGGAGAAUGAACAGGGCUACGAACAAAGGGUACUGGAAAGCCACUGGGAAUGAUCGCCCAGUUAGGCAUGAACAAAGGACUGUGGGGUUGAAGAAAACAUUGGUGUUUCAUAGUGGCCGAGCUCCAGAUGGUAAGAGGACUAAUUGGGUCAUGCAUGAGUACAGGCUUGUUGAGGAAGAGCUUGAGAGGGCUGGGAAUGGAUCCUCUCAGCCUCAGGAUGCUUAUGUCUUGUGUAGAGUAUUUCACAAAAAUAACAUAGGACCUCCAAAUGGGCAACGAUAUGCACCCUUCAUUGAAGAGGAGUGGGAUGAUGCAUCAGGAAUGAUUCCUAGGGCAGAGCCUGUGGAUGACGGUUCUGUUGCCCACCAUCCAUGCGUUGAAGGCAAUGGUGGUGUUUUAUGCAUUGAAGGGAGAAAUGAUGUUGUACAGGAUACUCAGUCUAACAAUAAAGUUCCAUUUGAUGUGAACAAGCUUCCUAUAGAAACUCAAAAUCUUCUAGCUGUGUGCAAGAGGGAGAGAAUGGCUGAGUACCCAUCACCUGAAAAGGAUAGUAAUCGCAAGCAUGCGGAUGAGGAUCCUUCACCCCAAACAGAUAAUAAUCCAAAGCCUUUCUCUCAAAUAUACAAAAGAAGGCGCAAUAACUUGAACUCCAACAACUCUCAUGUUUCUGGAGAUUCAAUCCGAACAAACCAGGAUCCAUGCUCAUCCACAAUAACCACUGCUGCAACAACACUCCCGACGACAGCAGCAGCAGCAGCAACAACCACUACCAACGCUGCGCCGAAAAAACAUUUUCUGUCUGCACUGGUGGAGUUUUCUCUGCAAGAAUCUCUUGAAAAUAAGGAAAGUGUUACUCCAGAUUUUGAUGCUGAUAAUCUUGACUCAUCUGUGCCUCCAAGCUGUGCAAAGUACAUCAAACAGUUGCAAAGUGAGAUGCAAAAGGUUACUGUUGAAAAGGAGACAAUGAGGUUUGAGAUGAUGAGUGCUCAAGCCAUGAUCAACAUUCUGCAGUCUCGUUUGGACAUUCUCAGCAAAGAAAAUGAGGAAUUGAAGAAAAUGGUCGAAAAUGCUUAGGACUUUGUAUGAGUUUCAGAGUAAUGGUGCUUCAGCUUAUCGGAUAUUUUGUCAUUUUUCAGAGUAAGAAUUUUAGUUUCAGUUUCAGUUUCUUUUGGCUAAACUUGUCAAUGGCAUUUAAAACUUGUCAUUCUGUAGCUUAUGACUCUUAUUUACCCAUUGUUGUGAAAAUGGUCAUGUUAGU